AUUUUUUCAAUUAUUUUAAUUGCUUCAUUAAUUUUAACAAUUGUUACUAUUGUAAUAUUUUUAGCCUCAAUUUUAUCAAAAAAAGCUUUAAUUGACCGAGAAAAAAGAUCACCAUUUGAAUGUGGAUUUGAUCCAAAGUCAUCCUCACGAUUACCUUUCUCUCUUCGAUUUUUUUUAAUUACUAUUAUUUUUUUAAUUUUUGAUGUAGAAAUUGCUUUAAUUUUACCUAUAAUUAUUAUUUUAAAAUUUUCUAACAUUUUCAUUUGAACUUUUACUUCAAUUAUUUUUAUUUUAAUUUUAUUAAUUGGACUUUAUCAUGAAUGAAAUCAAGGAAUAUUAAACUGAUCAAAUUAA